AAGGCAUAAAUAGGUCGUGCUCUAAUGUUCGGCCACAUCCACUGGCAAGCACGAUGUUCAAGUUACUGGCUCUGACCCUGCUGGUGUGCUCGGUGUUCGGGGUGCACUCCGUCCGCAGACAGGCCGGGCUCAUAUCGCUGCCGGACUCCAACAUUAAGCUUCUCCGAGAUGCUGGCCUUGGUCUCCUUCAAGAUGAAAUCAUGACCGCGGGAAAUACGCUUGUUGAUGCCGCAAAACUGGUGAACGAGACACAGGCCGUAUGCACCAGUACAAUCGAGACCUACCUUCAGGGCCCCUGUAAGACUUGUGUGGAGACCAAAUGUCAGGAAAAGGCCGAGAGUUGCAGCCCGGGUCUGUGGGCUUUCCUCCUCCAACAGGUGGAAGGUUUCUUCAGCAGCCAGAUCGACCAACUCUUUUCGGCCUUCAAUGUGGCCGCUGGCGUACCUGGCUUCGUGGCCGAUGUCUUCCACCUCGAUGAGCUGGGCAGCCUCUUUGUAGAGGCGGGAACCGACGUCUUGGACACAUUUCAAACGGUCGGCAACGUGUUCGGACAAAUUGGCGGAGACGCUAUCGAAGCAGGCACAGGCAUCUGGGACGGAGUUACGGACGUUGCUGGUUCGUUGGGCGAGGCUGUUCUCGGUGUUGGCGGCAGCAUCCUCGGUGGCAUCGGGGACGUUGGUGGUGCUCUCGUCGACGGCGUCUUCGGAACCAUCGGAGGCGCUAUACAAGGCAUCGGAGACCUUUUUGGCGGCCUUUUCAACCGUCGACUGAGGAAUGCCAUUCUGCAGCACCACGUCAAACGCCAGGUGCGCAGUGAACCAACUUGUUCUCAGCUCCAGAAUGAGGGUGGCAACGCCUGUCUGCUGUACGCCUCGUCCUGUGGAAACGUUUGUGACACCAAGUACCUGGAGGAACAGUACUGUAGCGCGUUCCAGGCGGCCAUGGCUGACUACCAAGGCUCAAUGCAACAGAACUACUGGGUAACCACCAUGCCCACGGAUAACCAGAACUAUGCCAUUAACCAGGUUCUGGUGGACGGAAGCUCCUUCGACGCGACGGUCGGAGGUUACACCAGCGCCACGGUGACGGCCACUCUGUUCGGGGAGACCUACGCCUUCUCGCUGGACAGCCCGCUCACCAUGUUCGACAUGACCCAGGCAGGGCGCGAGAUCGCGCAGAAGGCUUUGGAUCAUUACAAGGCUCUCCACCCCGCCCCCACCACAAAAAAGAUCUAAUCAGGAUCAUCAUUUGGAGAUGAUACUCAGCAUCAUUCCUCACCCAAUAAACUUUGAAAAAAAUACUAA